UUUAUAUCUACAUAUUCUUUUUUAAGAAAAAUAUUUCUUUCUUGACACAAUUCAAUAUAUAGUACUGAUAUAUAAUAUGGCUUUAUUAAAACAUCCUCAAUUGCCACUUCUAGUACUCUUGAUUGCUUCAAUGUUGGCCAUGGGAUCGAGCAAUAAGGAUUUCCAAAAGGGUUCCGAAAACUGGGGCUUCGGGUUUAACUAUACAAACUGGCCACCUAGACAUCCGAAUCCUACUCAAAGUUCUAGGAGGAUCAUAGUUGGCGGGUCUGAUAACUGGCGUUUUGGCUCUAACUACACCGAAUGGGCUAGAAAGAGUUCCCCAUUCUUCUUUAACGAUACUCUUGUGUUCAAGUAUGAUCCACCAAGUGAGAACAAUACGCAUCCACACAGUGUAUAUUUGCUUCCAAAUCUUUGGAGCUUUAUAACAUGUGAUCUAAGAUGGGCGAAGCAAGUGGCAAAAACGAAUCAAGGUGCAGGAGAAGGUUUCGAGUUUGUGCUUAACAAGUGGAAGCCGUACUAUUUUGCUUGUGGUGAAAGCAAUGGCUUCCACUGUAAAAAUGGCAUGAAAUUUUUCGCAAUGCCAUUGUUUCGUUGGUACUAAUUCAAUGUGCCUCAAUUAAGUUCCAUGUUUCUGUUCGUCAUGAAUUUGUUCUACUAUACAUGUUUCAAGUUCUGUUUUUCUAUGUAAGAUACAUAUAUAAGUGAAUCGUGCGUGCGAUGACACACAAAUAAAGUGAUUGAGUUAUACAAACAUUUGUAAAUGUAUUUUUGUGUGUGGUAUUUAAACCACAUUAUAAAUAAGAUUGCAAGAUAUACUCU